AUGGCUAACAUGAAGCUACUGGCCGUGUUCGCUGUCUUGCAGUUCCUGUCACUCCACCUCCAAGUCCAUGCCGUCUCCGGGUCCGCGGCCAGCAGCGUGCACAAGCCCACAAAGCCCAGCGGCGCCGGCAAAUGCCACAUCAGUGGCUUCCUGCACGGCGUAGCAGGCAAAUGCAACAGGGAGCACGGCUCCGACUGCUGCGUGGCCGGCCACCGCUACCCGCAGUUCAGGUGCUCGCCCCCGGUGUCGGCCGAGACGCCGGCGAUCCUUACGUUGAACAGCUUCGCGGCGGGCGGGGACGGCGGCGGCAAGUCCUUCUGCGACAACCGCUUCCACAAGGACAGCGAGGUGGUGGUGGCGCUGUCCACGGGGUGGCUGCGCCUCGACGGCACGCGCAGGUGCAACAAGAUGAUCCGCAUCAACGGAAAUGGGCGGUUCGCGCUGGCCAAGGUCGUCGACGAGUGCGACUCGGUGAACGGCUGCGACGCCGAGCACAACUUCGAGCCGCCGUGCCCCAACAACGUCGUGGACGGGUCGCCCGCCGUGUGGAAGGCACUGGGGCUCAACGAGGACAUUGGAGAGUUCAAGAUCACUUGGUCUGAUGUGUGA